AUGAGAUUUACGCCUUUGUUACGCUCAACUCAAGUUCUUGUUAGAUCUGCCACCGGUAACCCAACAGGUUUGACUGGUAUUUUGACCCAUCCAAAUCCUAGACCAGCAUUAAUUGAAUUAUACAGAUCAACAUUAGGCUUUCUCGAUGAUAAGUUCCCUGAAGAGUCUGUUUAUAAGAAAUCGACUCUUAAUUUUACAAAGAAGAGACUUGAAAUUGUUGAGAAGCAUGAAGAAAUUGAUAAGAUUGAAGCUGCAAUUGGAAAUGGUUUAAUAGAAGAAUUACUUAUUCAGGCAAAUGAUGAAUAUGAAUUAGCUAAAAAGAUGGUUGAAUGGAAAGCCUGGGAAGAAUUGGAGGAGAAACCAUUGGAAGAUCAGUGGGUUUACUUUGGUAAAAAGAUAUGA